UGCCUCAAGCAAUAAAAUUUAGUUGCAAAAUGUUGUGGAAUAUUAUUUUUAUAAUUCUUGUGAUAAAUUCACUCUCAUCAUUCUCCCAAGCAACUCAAAUUUUCGAUCGUAAUGAACCGAGCUCGCUGCCAUCAAUAUGUGAUAACCUACGCAAAAUGAGAGCGGAGCUAGAGCGACAUUUAAAAGAUGCUCUCGAUAUGAAAACGGACAUUCAAUUUCUAAAGGCUAUAAGCGGGGAUAUUAAAUAUCUGAGAACGCAACUGGAAGAAAUGAACACGGAUACCGCAAAUAAGCAAACUGAUAUUCAACAACUUAGGGCAGAACUGGAGCAACAGCAAAAAUAUGGAGUAGAGCAGGAAUCUGAUAUUAAACAUCUUCGAACAGAGCUGGAACAACAAAAGAAAGAUGGAGUAGCCCAGGCAUCUGAUAUUAUAUUUCUUAGAACGGAGCUGGAACGUCAGAGAAUAUUAGUAGAUCGACUUGUUAACCCACACAACUGUACCGAAGCCAAGUCUAAUGGGAUCAACGAAAUACUCCUUCCCAACUUUAGUAAUCAACAUUUUAAAGUUGCCUGCGAUGCGGAAACUCAGGGAGGGGGAUGGACUAUCAUCCUGAGGAGGAUGGAUGGAAGCGUCAACUUUUAUCGGAAUUGGACUGAAUACAAAAAUGGAUUUGGAGAUCUGAAUGGCGAGUUCUUUUUAGGCUUGGACAAAAUACACGUACUAACUAAAGAGAGAAAACAGGAAUUGCUUGUAGUACUCGUAAAUUUCGCUGGAUUACAAAAAUAUGAGCUGUAUGAUGACUUCGCAAUUGGCAAUGAGGAUCAAAAAUAUGAUCUACGCACUCUUGGAGAAGCCAGUGGAACUGCAGGAGAUUCACUUUCAUUUCAUCGUGGCAAGGAGUUUUCCACAUAUGAUCGGAAAGAUGUCCGUCAAAGAUGCGCCGAAACUUACAACGGUGCCUGGUGGUACGGGGACGAUAGGUGUCAUUACAGCCAAUUGACGGGCAAAUAUAAUGACAAUCGCGUUGGCAAGGGUGUUAAUUGGAUAUCUUUUGGAAGUUACCAUACGUCUUACAAAAGGGCCGUGAUGAUGAUACGGCCUACAAAGUAAAUACUGAUGCUCUAUAAUA